CUACCGGUACCCUCUUUCUAAACAUGCAGACAUAUUCCCUUGGAUCUUCAUAAUUAUCAACAGUGCUUAAUACCCAAUUAUUACUGAAAACCCAUUUUCGAUUGCUUACAGACAACUAUUGAAUUAACCUUGGUGUUGCCAUGGCUUUUGUGUCUCGUCAUGCCUCAACACUUCCUCCGGGAGCUUCGGCGACAUCCUCACUGCGUCUGCCAAACCAACAUUCUAAUAUAACCCAGCAGCAAUCCUCUCUGCUGGCUUCGCGCAUUGCAUUGAAAAGAGCUGAACUGGAUAACCUAAGGCAGCUUUGUGAAAUGAGUGGCACACUAGCCUUGCAGAUGCAGGCUUUGGAGAAUAAAAUAGGGACACUUAAGGAUGGUGCACAAGCCGUUGCUUGUGUUCUUGCUAACUGGGACAAUGUGCUGCGAGCGAUUAACAUGGCCUCCUCAAAAGCAGUAGGUCUGAACACGCAGACAGGGCUGACGUUGGAUCCCGCAAAUAAAAAUAUGCAUCAAACUUCCUCAAUGCCGGCCACCUUAGUGCGAAUUCCUGUUUCCCAGCAGGAGAAACCAAGUGGAGAGUGAAUUACAUAUAUCUGAGGUGUCUUCCAAUAUUAUAGAUCAAGGGCGCCUGGCUUGGGUUGAGACGAGAUCACAGAGACAGCAGAUUAUUCAUACCAACAUAUUUGGUCAGGAAAAUGGAUUCUGCACGGGCCCAGUUACCCAUAAGGAUAAG